CUGCUCUCUCUAUCCUCAAAUACACUCUCUUCCCCCUUACCUAUAUACCAGAUAUCACACAAAUAAUAUACUUGAACAAUGUCCAGCCAACCUCUUACCUGGGUCGUCACCGGCUGCUCCUCCGGCAUCGGCGAAGCCCUAGUCCGCGCCAUCCUCGCCCAGGGCGACAAAGUCAUUGCCACUGCCCGCGCCCGCAACAAUGUCAGCGGUGCCGACCGUCUCUCGGCCCUCAAAGAAGCCGGAGCCGCAGUGGUCGAGCUCGACGUGAGCCGGCCCCAAGAAGAACUGGAUGCCAAGGCACGCGAGAUCUGGGAGAUCUACGGCAAAGUCGAUGUCCUAGUGAACAACGCUGGAUACAUUGACGCUGGUAUUGUCGAAGAAAUCACCGAGCCUUUCCUAAUUGACGCCCUCCGCACCAACGCCUUCGGUCCCCUCAAUGUAUCCCGCGCCUUCCUGCCCCUCAUGCGCGCCCAGAAAUCCGGAACCGUGCUGUUCACUAGCAGCGUCGGAGUCUACUACGGUGCGCCUGGUGCAUCAUGCUACACAGGCGGCAAGGGUCUCCUGGAGGUGGUGGUGCCCAACCUGGCUCUGGAGCUGGCGGCAUUCGGCAUUCGCACUUCACUACUCACCUAUGGUUACUACCGCACAGAGGUCAUGAACCCUGGAAACUUUCACAGCCGGGCGCCUCGUCCUUUGCCGGAGUAUGAAGAGCUCCGGGGUCUGGUGGUUGCUGGGUGUGCGGCUGCCAACCACAACCAGCAAGGUGAUCCGGAGAAAGCGGCGAAGGUGGUGGUCGAGGCGGUUAAGGGAACGGGCAAGUUUGAGGGGAAGCAGUUGCCUUUGCGGUUGCCCAUUGGUAAGGAUGCUAUUGCUGCGAUGCGUAAAGCGUGCGAGGAGAGGUUGGCUAUUUGUAAUGAGUUUGAGGGGCUGGUGGAUCAGACGGAUUUCUAAAUUUCGAAUGAGAAUUGUAUAUAAUGAUUAGCUUCGAGUCGG